UCGACUUCGGUCAGUGGAUUACGAUGUGCGUUAUUCAUUUUGCAGAAACUGUAUUUCAUACUGGGUGUGUUCUUCGUCGGCAUAAACGGGGAGAAGAAAAUCAACUUGGAGGACAUAGAGAGGGACAACUUGAGAGUGGAGGGCAUAUCGAAGUCGGGAAUCGGAAGGCCACAGGAAACGAAGUACUUGGCGAAACCGGAAAUUAAUCAGCAACAAUAUCAGAUACCCAGCCAGUACAGUAGGCCCACCAGUUCGCCAGUGACAUACGUAACUCCAUCUUCGAGUCAAAACCACGUUCCUCCGGAAUCCUACGCCCAGUACAACAAAUACACCACAAGAGAGCAAGUUUACCAGCAGCAGAACAGCAUUCUACCCGAACAACCGCUGCAACAAUACUACAUUGAUUAUCAACAACAGAAGCAGCCCCCACCGCAAAGGUUGAUCGGACCCAACGUCUACGAACCCCAACAGUUUAUUUACCAACCGGAAGUGACCGUGGGGAAUCAACUGCAGACCACCCAGCAGAAAACGGUCACCGCAAAAUAUGGGAAAAACAAAGAGACGGUGUACGUCGAUGUCCCCAUGAUGCACGUCCUGACCUAUUAUCCGAAUUUGGACGUAAAUCCUGGUAAAAGCAGCGUACUGGUGCCUCGGUUGACUACAUCAGCGGCGGAUCAGAUAUCCAUUCCUCUCUAUUCAUCGCUGAACCAGAAACCAAUUGUUUCGGCGAAGCCGACUUAUCAGCUUCAGUACCCUUCGAAAUACAAUGCUGUCGGUCCAGCCGCCGCUGCAACCAAGGCAAUAAAAAGCACCACAGUUUAUGCUACUCCCGUUACUCCAAAGAAGUACACCAAUGCACCGUUAGUGAACGUACCGACGUACUUUCCAUCAGACCAGUCGUACAACCAAGGAAGGCAGUUCUUGUACACGCAAGCGUACAUCGCUCAGCCCCAGUCGCAAUACGUCCCUCAGCUAGUUUAUACUCAACCGACGAUGGUUUACAUGCAUGCUACGCCGGUCUAUACCGAUGUUUACGCUCGUGCACCUGCCUACGCGCAGGAUAACUCUUUGCCUGCCAACGGGAAGUACAGUGCUCCACCUGAACAGUUGGACACCGCGACGACGAUCGCCGAUCAGUUGCCUAACCAUGUCCAGCAAGCCAGCCAGAGCCUAUCUCUAAAUUACGUCAAGGAUCCCGAGGAACCGAACGAUAACUUGGUGCCACCCCAAUUGCCUGCUCAAGAUUUCAAAUCGGACGUCACGCCCCUGUCACCUGUUCAAUCGCAAGACGAGGAAUCCACUCCGGCUCAGAACCAUGUAGACCUAUCAGAGCCAAGAUCUUUGCUGGAUUCGUACGUUCCGAGCAAUCUAAUCGCGGCUCAGGAUUUUGCCAGAUAUCAGGAGAGGCCGAUCAAAUUGGAAAGUGGCUUCCUGCCGUCGAAAGAGAACUUCCUGCACAAGAAACGCAAAACAAACUGAUUAGCUAGUUUUCGUCGCGUAACGAUCGACGAGUGUCGACCACACGUGGUCAGCAGGGUGUUCGGUUUCGUCGAUGGAAAUUUCGACGUUCGAAGUACAUAGUUACGAGUGAACCUGAAGACGUUUCGCCAACAAUAGAAGGCGCGAUCGCAUAUCUAGUCUUUCAUCGAAGAACGCCGAGCUACGAGCGUGAACGUCGUGUUUCGUCUUACUCUGUUGUUUCUUUUUUAUUUUCUCCCUUUUUUUUUACAGACUUAUAGGUGUACUUUUUAUAUGAUUCUUAAAAGAAAAAAAAAAUAAAGGCUUGUUAAGCAAUCAUUGUUGUCUAUGAAACACUCUAACUGGAUCAACAACGAUGCGAAAUUCUUGGGUAAUUAGCGAAGAAGAAAUCUUAUUCUGUAGCGUAUACUGUAUUCGUGUAAUUAAGAUAUACAUGACUGUUUAUUCGGCGCGUAAAUGAUGGGACGAUCAGUUUGAUGAUUAGGUGUGAUUAAGGUGCAACUGCUGGCGUUAAACACAAUGGCAAACGAAGUCAUAGAAAUCGUACCUACUGGAAUUUUUAACAGAAUUCAAUUAAGAAACCGUUAGUUCGUUUAAAGUGCAAGUAGGUCAAAGAUACACUUACUAUUUUUCAAUUCCGUUUAUACAGGUCAGUUGAGAUUUC